UUUGUUGUUUAAACCAUCCAAGCACACAGAUAAGUGUUUUCCACUAUCUUCAUUGUUUUUUUCCUAACAGGCAGAAAAGAAGAUGAAAGCUGCAAACGGAAACCCCAAAGGAGUGGCUCUCAUAAUCGGAGAUAACAACGUUAGAGGUUCUCUUCAGUUUCUUCAGCACCCCAAUGGGACCACUCAUGUCACAGGGAGAAUAACAGGGUUGUCCCCAGGAUUUCAUGGCUUCCAUAUUCAUGCUUUUGGUGACACCACCAAUGGCUGCAACUCCACUGGUCCUCAUUUCAAUCCAUUGAAGAAGGAUCAUGGGGCUCCUUCAGAUGAUGAGCGUCAUGCUGGUGAUUUGGGCAACAUUGUUGCAGGGCCGGAUGGAGUUGCUGAGAUUUCUAUUAGAGAUACACAGAUUCCACUAACUGGAGUUCACUCCAUAAUUGGGAGGGCUGUUGUUGUGCAUGCUGAUCCUGAUGAUCUUGGAAAGGGUGGGCAUGAACUCAGCAAAAGUACUGGGAAUGCUGGUGCAAGAAUAGCAUGUGGUAUCAUUGGGCUCCAGUCAUCCGUUUAGGAUAGUUUGCCUAUAGAUGAUUCUCAUAUGGGUAAUAGAAUAUAAUUUGAAUUUUGUAUGAAAUUUCAGUUAAACUGUAACUUCUUUUUAUAGUAACUUUUAUGAUAAAUUAAAGUUUGCUACAUUGU